GGCUGGGCUGUGCCUCCCUCUGUCCCGUAGCUAUCACCACAUCUGUUGUUAUUUACACAUACAGCAGCCCGUUUUCAACCGGAACACCGGUCUCUGGUACGCUGUUUGUGGAAGUAUCUCUACCCGGUAUGUCCGAACAACACAGCUAAGACGGGCAACGGCUGACGAUGGCUUCGGUGCGGAUGGUCGGCAAAGUUGCGGCGAGACUUUUGGGAAGUCUUAAGCCUCUUCACUGCGGUCUCAAAACUACUCGUCCGGCUACAUUUCUUCAACAGGCUCAACAGAGGUGGCCUCUGCUUGGAAAUUGUCAGGCUCUUUUCUACAGUACCCUCCCGCCCUCCAGUGAUGUGUCUUUGAAGUACAAAUAUGGCCGUUUGGUUCUGGAGGUCCCGUUGCCAUCUAGGAAUGAGAAGUGUCUGUUCUUCCUCAGACCCAUGUUGAUGAGUGUAGGAGACCUGAUCACAGAUCUGCAGAGAGAGGACCCUGGAGUUACCGCUUCUGUUUUCUCCAAGGAGGGAGAUCGUGUUGCCAACACCACGCUGAUAGAUGCUCUGCUGGACAAGGACUUCCAGCUCGUCAUCAACGAUGCAGUCUAUGACGUCCAGUCGCCUGAAAAGGUGUGUACGUCAAGCGAGCACGCCAUGGAGCUGGAGGACAUGAAGCAUGUUGUGCAUCUGCUACACACAGCACUCCACCUGCCUGAACACCACCUGCUGAAAGAGAGGGAGCUGCUGGAGAAACUGGACAACCUCAAACAGGAACUUUCACCUCUAGAAAAGAUGAAGGCACAGCUGUCCCAUACAGCAGAGUUCCAGUCAUCCAAGGUUCUCUGGACCGGCAUGGCCCUGUUAUCUGUGCAGGGUGGUGCUCUGGCCUGGCUCACUUGGUGGGUCUAUUCAUGGGAUGUAAUGGAGCCCGUCACUUACUUCAUCACCUACGCCACCAGCAUUGGAGCCUUUUCCUAUUACGUCCUUACCAAACAGGAUUAUUUGUACCCAGAUGCUAAAGACAGACAGUUCCUGCGUUACUUUUAUAAGGGGGCCAUUAAGAAGAAAUUCAAUGUGAACAAAUACAAUGAACUGAAGGAUGAACUGGCUCAGGUGGAGGAGGACCUGAGACGUCUGAAAUAUCCAACUCAAAUGCAGCUGCCACUUGAACAGAUCCAGCAAAAGCCAUGAACGAAGCCAAGCCACGACGAGGCGUCACUCACACUAACACACUUCCAGAGCAAAAACAUUUCUUUGCUUUUUUUUGAUAAUGGCCCCUUUUCAACGAGGAAUCCAUAUCACUCUGUGUUUUUGUUUACAAUCUUGAUAAUGAUUCCAAUUAUAUCUUUGAAAAAUAUACAAACUCUGAGGUCUAUUGAAAUAAAAAGUAUUUCCUCAA